AUCUAUGUCUCGUUGUGUUCUACAAUUUAAUUUUUAUCGUCGGAAAACGACUACCUAAAUACGAUAAUAUAUUGCAUUUUUCUAGGGGUUUAGAUUAAGUAAACUGUUUGUAUUUACACAUUUUAAAUAUGUUUUGGAGAGGGAAUUUUAUCGCCGUAAAUGACGUAAAUUUUCUUCUCAAAGAAGAGAAUGUAACGUUGAGUCAAGUUUUGGAGGCGGACGAUAUUUUACCGGAAUGCAGGGCGGACAACAAAGCACUUCGCACGUUUUUAACAAAGCCAGAAAUCCGAGCGGAGCUCAUAACUCUGAUAACAGAGGAGCCGUCCAAGAACCUGGAGCUGACAACGCAGUACCGACAUGCGCAUAUCGCUAGCGAGGUGCUCACGAGCCAGCUGCCGACGCUCCGCGACCAGCUGGCCAUGGACACUGUCCAGAUGAACAGGCUCUGUGACUUCGUCAACAAACCUCCCCCACUGAAUCCGCUACUGGCAUCAUACUUCAGUAAAACAAUUGAAAUGCUGUUCCAGAGGAAUCCUAAACAGGACUGGUACGCGCACCACAUCGUGUGUCUGCACGUGCUGGACCUGUUCAAGUCGCGGCGGGACUUCCUGCCCAACCUGCUGCGGCACAUCUCCACCUCCGCCAUCACAGAUGUCUUCAAGUGCCUCUUCAGUCUCAAGGACAACUUCGACAAGAUCAUCAUAGAGUGGUUGGACGAGCACCAAGUCCUGGACAACCUGAUCCACAUAAUAUGCGGGACGUACGAGCCGGAGCCCUUGCCGCUGCCGGCCGCGCACUCCGCCGCGCCGCCCGCCGCACCGCCCGCGCCAUCCGCACUCGACACCAACCACAACGACAGCCAACACAACGGCGACGCUGAUCCAGGGAACCAAAACACGAACGACAGCGGAGAGAGGACGGAGUCGGAGGAUGUGGAAGCGGAGACGUCGCGCGAGACACGCGAGGCUCGCAUCCGGGAGGUCGCCAGCGCCAACGCCGCCGCGCUGCUCUGUGAGGUUGUGCUGUCGAACUGCAUCGCUAGCGGUUGGGGGGCGGUGGAGGGGGGCGGCGCGGGGGCGGCGCUGGCGGGGCGGCUGCGCGCGGAGGCGGGCGUGCGGGCGCUGCUGCAGGCCGCCUUCACCGCGCCGCAGCACGCCGCGCGCGCCGCCCUGUUGCACGCCGCGACGCUGCUGCGCGCGCUGCUCGUGCUGCCCGACGAUGCGGGCGCGGGUUGCGGGUGCGGGGCGGAGGGCGGGGCGGAGGCGGCGUGCGCGGUGGAGCACGCGGUGGCGCCGCACGUGCCGCUGUUACACAACGCCCUCCUGCGGCCGCCGGGCGCGGGGGCGGGGGCGGCGCCAGGCGUGGGGGCGCCCCGCGUCGCCGUCGCCGCCGUCAUCGCGCGACUCGCCAAGUCCGAGGCCGAAGACGUGUUCAAGGUGCUGCUGAGCCUCGGCACGGCGGGCGUGCUGGUGGACAUGGUGUUCGAGUACCCGGACAACAACUUCCUGCAUGCGCAGGUGCUGGACUUCGUGCGUAAUGCGCUCGACAACCGCGUCUACGGCGACCGCUACGCCGCACACCUGGUGGGGGAGUGCCACAUCCUGACGCGGUUGAUGGACGCUUUCGAGGAGAACGAGGACAAGCUCUUUGCCAAGUCAUCGCGUCGCGCGGGCUACAUGGGUCACGUGGUGGCACUUCUGCGGGCGCUGUACGCAGCGGGUGCGGUCCACGCGACCGUGGUCGAUGCGAGCGCGGUCGACGCGAGCGCGGUCGACGCGAGCGCGGUCGACGCGAGCGCGGAGCGGUACGCGGUCGGCGAGGAGGAGGCAUUACGUUGGGAGCGGUUCUUCGUCGCCAGGCUCCACCCACACCUACAGAGGUUGGACACGCCCCUGGGCGGCGUACACCCCUCCGACACACAGUAUGAGAUGGAGGAAAGCCCAGAAAUGCCCUGCGGGACCUAUGACUUGGGCGAGGGCGUGGUGAGCGUGGAGGCGGAGCUGGCGGAGGAGGCGGCGGAGGGCGACCUCGCCGUGCCCACCAACCACAUGCAAAAUGAAAUGGACUUCAUGCGUCUCUCGGAUCAGCGAUUCGAUGACAUGUGGGGCGACACGGCGGACGCGGACGAGGACGUCGUGCAGCAGGUGCUUACCGACGCGUCGCCGUGGGAGGAGGCGGGCGGCGGCGGCGCGGACGACGGCGGCUGGGCGCGGUUCACAGACGCCUUCAGCUCCGACUGGCCCGAAAACGUGAAGGAAGACCCGCUGACGAUGGAGCUGGCGCAGAAGAUGAUGGACGCGUUCAACUCUACGUUCGACUACCCCUCCUUCGGGUCAGCGGAACCCCCCGCGUCGGAACCCCCCACGCCGGAAAAGGCCGCACCAGAACCCCCUACUGUAAAGUCGUCAACGGACCUUUCUGCGUCUGCGAACUCGACAACGGGACCCCCCGCACCGGAACCCCCGUCUGUGAGGUUGGCAACGGAACCCGCCCCGGCACCUCCGGCUUCUCAAUCUCCGGUGCCGGAAACCCCGACAUCGGUACCCGCGUCGAAGCCCCCUGCGGCGGAACCCUCCUCGUCGGAACCGCCCGCGCCGGAACCUUCCGCGCCGGAACCCCCCGCGCCGGAACCCUCCGAGCCGGAACCCCCCGCGGCUGACGACGCCGAGAGAUGAUCCGGCCCGCGCCCCCCUUUCCCCCUCUACACGUAGCUCACACGCGCGGAACUGCGGACGCGACGGCGCUAAUAUAAUCCAACCCAGCCCUAUAGCUGACUCACUACACUAAUAGGAUAUAUUACUGCAAUGAUUUCACGCUAGUGUGCAGCACCAACGCAGACAGUAGACAAAGACAAAAAGUUUUGUUCGACGUUUGACAACGUCACUGUCAAUAAUCUGAUAUGACGUGGCAACAUGUCGGAUUUUAGUGGGAUUACUUACUGUAUGCGCUAGUGACGCCCCUGCUCCUUUGCGUAACAUUUCCUAUCGGAAGCUUCCUUAUUAUUAUUUCUGUCCUACUGUUUUUGAGGCUACGCUUAAUUUGCCGCGGAAAAUACGUAAUAUAUUGAUGCAUACCAAAAGUCAAGAAGCUACGUGAUGUUAGCCGAUGUUGCGUGAAGUUUUAGUGGAAACUCUUAGCAAACUUCGCAAUAGUUAAUCUUUUAUGAGCACUAAUGAAGUUAAUCGUCGCCGCGUAGUUCCGGGCGUGUUCCAUAUGUUUAAGUGCCCUUAGUACUCUCCGCAACGAGCCGCGACGGACGAAAUACAAAUUUUGUAUAGAUGUAGCUUUGUAUAUUGUGUCACUUUUGUAUUGACCGCUUCAGACCAGCGUAUAAUGUAUAUAACAACGAAACUCAUCGUCAUUCCCUCGUCCGGGUUACCGUCCGCGCCGAACCCGAGCUCAGUAUUUUAGUAAAUAAUUUUAAACGUCGCACGUAUACAUUAUGUUUUUAUAUAAGUAUUAAAAUCGUUUUAUUUUGAUAGGUUUUAUCGAUUUAGACCAGCCGCAGUGGCAGUUCGGUGGAACGGUAAUCUUUCUCUUCGCUAAAUUUGAACGUCAAUAUUUUAAUGAAAUUUGCUAUUUGAACCCUUUUUACAGUGCAUAUUAUAUAAUGGAAUGUUUAAAUGCACCUCACUGAAUAAGGAUGGAACAUCACAAAAAAUUACGUGUCAGUAGUUUGCGACGAUGAGUUCAUGCGUAAAUUUUGCGUACGUAAGUUGCGUGCACGCGUAAGCGAGUCGCGUGCUCGCGUGCGUCCUUAUCCGGUGAGGCGUGCGUAUGUAGUGGUGACUGGUGUAAGCACAUGUGUGAUGUCGUGCUUCGUACAGUUUGGCGCCCAGCCAUAUCAGUGUUGACAUGUCAAAGUGCCCUAAACAUAUUGGAUUCAUAUCGUUAGUUGUGUCUGUUCUGUUGCCCGCGGGCGUCGUGUGUGAUCUGUAACUCAUGUGAUUAGAGACGCGCCGCCGCCGAUCACUCUACCGUACGUGUCGCGGAAUAAGCGUUAUUUGUUUUUAUUAUUUCUUUUUAUAUAAUAUGGACUAAAUACGGUACGAAAACAGAAACCUUUUUAGGUUCUUUUGAAUCAGUAGGUACUAUAAUAUCUUCAUUUGGAUCAUAUAUUAAAAUAUUAUUUAACGCUAUCGAUUUAUUAUAAGUGAACUCGAGUUCCUUAAGCAUGUCUCGUAAAGACUCUAAAAGGUUAUUCAAAUCAGAUACGGGUACUAGACGGCUUACGAGUUACGAUUGACUCGUUACGACAAAACAAGAGACAUGUUCUAUUUUACUUUUGGUUUUAAAUUUUAUAAAGUUAAUUGGGUAUUGUUGUGUGUUGUAUAUAGCGACAUCUACGAUGCGGCGAGGCGGCGGCGCCGGCGGUGCUAAAUAUAAGAUGUACUAUUAGACAGCGGCGGCCGACCGGCUGGGAUAGAGUAUUGUGCGAUAGCCUGAUCAGAAGUGUACUAAACCUGGACGUUAUAGUAAUUACUUGCAAUAUAUUUGUCAAUUUAAAAAGUAGUACAAUACAUACAAUAAACUAAAUAGCCAUUUUGAGUCGCAGAGAGAACGCAUCGUGUCGCGUCUGCUUAUGGGCGGAGACUAAAGCGCUCGUGCAGGCUUUUUAUAUCGCUGAUCGGGUAUCUCUCGGUUAAGUUGUGCGGGAUGAAGCAAGAUAGGGUACAUAAGUUUCAGAGCAUACGUUGGAGAGCCAUGCUUCAGCACGAAUGGGCCAGCUCGACCGGA